GAUGUGUCACUGUCAAGCAGUCAAGUGUCACAUCAAAAAUAUUAUUGUGAUUUGUGAUUGUAAAUUUGUAAUGUGUGGAUCGUCUUUAAUGCACUGCAAGUUGUAAAUAAAUGUUAAUAUAAUAAUUUAUAGCACAAUUAGAUAAUUAUUGUAUUAUCAAUCUUGCUUGUUGGAAGUUGGAAUUUGCUACCACUCGACGUUACAAUGAACAGACGCGGAAACAAUGCAACCCGAAUAUAAAUAAUCGUUUAAAAGAGUAAUAAAUAAAAAUUGAAUAAAAUGAUACCGUCCAACACUAUCUGCGUGUCCCAGGAAGGACCUGCAAAUGCUUUGGCUUUGAAUAAGGACUGCUCACAAGUUGUGAUCGCCGGCAGAAAUGUAUUCAAAGUGUUCUCGAUCGGUGAUGAUGAAUUCUCGGAGGUUUGCAACUUGCGAGUGGGAAAAAAUUUGAAUUUAAACUUUUCGUCGAUUGAUGUUGCUUGGAGUACCAUUGAAGAAAACACACUAGCUACAGCAGCCACCAAUGGGGCAGUGGUGGUGUGGAACCUCGGCCGCUCGGGACGCUCCAAGCAGGAGCAUGUGUUCUCCGAUCACAAGAGAACUGUUAAUAAGGUCAGUUUCCACUUGACUGAGCCAGCGCUGCUCAUCUCUGGGUCUCAGGAUGGGAUGAUGAAAUGCUUUGAUCUUCGUAUGAAAGAAGUUGCAAGAACUUUUAUCAGCAACACGGAGUCGAUCCGCGACGUGCAGUUCAGCCCGCACCAGGCGCACGUGUUCGCAGCCGUGUCGGAGAAUGGCACUGUUCAGCUGUGGGACGCGCGGCGCCACGAGCGCGCACUGCACCAGUUCACGGCGCACUCGGGGCCUGUGUUCGCCUGCGACUGGCACCCCGACGUGCCCUGGCUGGCCACGGCUUCCAGGGAUAAGACUAUUAAGGUGUGGGACAUCCACGCGAGACCCAACUUAGAGCACACCAUUUACACGAUAGCGUCCGUCGGCCACGUGAAGUGGCGCCCGCAGAAGAGGUUCCAGGUGGCGUCGUGCGCGCUGGUGCUGGACUGCGCCGUGCACGUGUGGGACGUGCGGCGGCCGCACGUGCCGCUCGCCACCUUCGCCGAGCACCGCGACGUCACCACCGCCAUCGCGUGGCAGGCGUCGCCGCACACCUUCCUGUCCACCAGCCGGGACUGCAGCCUGUACCGGCACAAGUUCAACGAGGCGGCGCACCCGGUGCUGUGGGCCAACCCGCAGAGCGUGUGCGUGUCGGCGCGCGGCGAGCUGGCGCACGCCGUGCCCGAGUGCCCGCUGCCGCCGCACACGCCGCAGCCCGCCGAGCGGCACGUGCCGGGCCUGGGCCGCAAGCAGCCCACGGCGGGGUCACUGAGCGCGGCGGCGCAGGCGGCGCUGGAGCAGGCGUUCUCGGGCGGCGCGGCGUCGGCGCUGGCGCGGCACACGCCCGCCUCGCCCGCCGGCGCCGUGCUGGCGUGCGCGAGGCUGUACCGCAUCCGGGGGCAGCCGCCGCACGUGCUCGCCGAGCACAACGCCAAGGUCGCGCGCGACCAGCAGCGGUACAUGGUGAGCCACGUGUGGGAGGUGGUCCGCAGCGUGUACAGCGCCCGCGCCGUGCGCAGCGCGCCCGCGCCGCCGCCGCCGCGCGCACCGCCGCCCCGCGCCGACCCCGCGCCGCCGCUGCCGCCUUACAGCGCCGUGGAGGAGGAGCCGAUGGAGGAGGUGGAGGAGUGGGAGAACCGCUUCCACAAGAACAGCGGCGUGCUGGGGCUGCCCACGCACAGCAUAUACAUCCCGCCCGCCAAGUUCGCCAAGCGCGACGACGACAAGGGCGGCUGGGUGUCGGCCGCGUCGGCGCACUACGUGGACGUGGAGGCGGCGGACUGGACGCUGCCCGACGAGGCCUUCCCGCUGCGCGCGCCGCCCGCGCCGCUGGCGCCGCUCGCCGCGCCGCACGCGCUCGCGCUCGACCACGAGCUGGAGGGGGCCGACGCGUCGGCAGCGCGCACCGCCGCGCCGCAGGCGGGCGCGUCGUCCCCGGGCGGCUCGUCGGGCUCGGGCUCCGGCUCGCACCCGCUGUCGCCCACGCUGAGGCGCUCCGGCAGCCAGCACUGCAGCAGCUCGGUGGAAGGAGAAAGCGCGGAAGCCAUGGAGGCGGGCGAGGGCGGCGCGCUGUGCGUGCGCGAGGGCGCGGCGCGCGGCGCGCGGGCGGCGCUGGACGCGGCGCCGCUGCUGGCCGCCGCGCUGCGCAGCCACGCCGACCUGGGCGACGUGCAGACGGCCGCCGUGGUGUUCCUCGUGCUGCAGGACCACCGGAGCGACCUGUUCCCCUACAUCGACGAGAGUCUGCAGGAGCAGUGGCUGUUGGGCUACAUCGAGCUGCUGCAGCGACACAAGCUGUGGAACGUGGCCACUGAGGUGAUUCGCUGCGCGUGGCUCAGCAGCGUGUGGACGCUGUCGCAGCAGUCCACCACGGUGACGGCGUGCUGCGGACGCUGCGGCCGCCGCACGCGCCCGCGCGCCGCCUGACGCCUGCAGCCCGCGCGCGCCGCCCGACCUCUGCGCCGUCUGCCACCAGGCGGUGCGCGGGCUGUACGCGUGGUGCCAGGGCUGCGCGCACGGCGGGCACCUGCACCACAUGCGCGCGUGGGCCGAGCGCCACCACCUGUGCCCCGCGGGCUGCGGACACGCGUGCCAGCUCGGCUGAUGACGUCACGCGCACCUCACGACUGGAUCACUCGACUCCACCCGACUCCGCUGACACCCGCCCCAGGGGGCGUUGAGAAAUGACAGAUGACAUUCGUUAAAAAGUUACAAUUUCACGCAGAUGACAGAAUUCGAUGGCUAUAUUAUUGAGUUGAAUUUAACCCUUAUCUGUAGUGGUGAAAAAAAAUCACACUUGCAUAAUCAAUACUCACCUUUGAAGUAGAGAGUGAAGCAUGUCCAUUCUUCUCGAAAUACUUUGGCGUAUUUUUCGAAGAUACCUAGAAAUGGAGGCCAUGAGGUUUUUACACACGUGGUUAAAAAAUUCAACAUGGGUCAAGUUGACCCACGACUAUAGUUAAGGGUUAAAUAGGGUCAAGAUAUGUGUUAUCAUUAAUAUCUAGUCUUUCGGACGGUUCUACGCUCUAUAAUUUAUUCUAGAAAUGUACAUUACAAAAUAUAUAGAGCUAAUAGUUUCUGACACUUUGUGAUCAGCGAGAGUGGUGUUCGCUUGUAUGUAUAUGUAUAUGUAUAUAGACUUCUAUGAAUGUAAGUGUAACUUUAAUAUUAUACUAAUUUAUGACUGAAAAACUAUAUUGUCGAAUCACAACCAAUAUUUAUUGUAAAUAAAACAAUUUGUAUACAAUUA